GGCUCUAGAGUCUUCCGGUAGGCGGCGCGGGAGGAGAAAGGCUUGAGGGGCAGGGCCGGGCGGAUCCCCUUCUCUCCCAAUGUGAGCAGUGUCCCGAGCCCCCGUCAGGCGAAAGGCUGCCUAGAGCGGUGGAGCCGGUGGCCGGGCUGGGACCAUGAGGCAGUGUCUCCUCUUCUUGACCAGCGUGGUUCCUUUCGUGCUGGCGCCACGAUCUCCGGACGAUUCCCCGGAGCGACUCGAAAAGCUUGAUUCUUUACUCUCAGACUACGAUAUCCUCUCUUUAUCCAAUAUCCAACAGCAUUCAGUAAGAAAAAGGGAUCUGCAGGCCUCAACACAUUUAGAAACACUACUGACUUUUUCAGCCUUGAAAAGGCAUUUUAAAUUAUACCUGACAUCAAGUACUGAACACUUUUCCCAAAAUUUCAAAGUCGUGGUGGUAGAUGGUAAAGAUGAAAGUGAGUACACCGUCAAAUGGCAGGACUUCUUCAGGGGACACGUAGUUGGUGAGCCUGACUCUAGAGUUCUAGCCCACAUAGGAGAUGAUGAUAUUACAAUAAGAAUCAACACAGAUGGGGCAGAAUAUAAUAUAGAGCCACUUUGGAGACUAAUUAAUGAUACUAAAGACAAAAGAAUAUUAGUUUAUAAAUCUGAAGAUAUUAAGAAUGUUUCACGUCUACAGUCUCCAAAAGUAUGUGGUUAUAUAAAGGCGGAUAAUGAAGAGUUGCUUCCAAAAGGGCUGGUAGACAGAGAGCCACCUGACGAGCUUGUUCAUCGAGUGAAGAGAAGAGCCGACCCCAAUCCCAUGAAGAACACGUGUAAAUUGUUGGUGGUAGCAGAUCAUCGCUUUUACAGAUACAUGGGCAGAGGGGAAGAGAGUACAACCACGAAUUACUUAAUAGAACUCAUUGACCGAGUGGAUGACAUCUAUCGGAACACUUCAUGGGACAACGCGGGUUUUAAAGGUUAUGGAAUACAGAUAGAGCAGAUCCGCAUUCUCAAGUCUCCACAAGAGGUGAAACCCGGUGAAAGGCACUAUAACAUGGCAAAAAGUUACCCAAAUGAAGAAAAGGAUGCUUGGGAUGUGAAGAUGUUGCUAGAGCAAUUUAGUUUUGAUAUAGCCGAAGAAGCAUCUAAGGUCUGCCUUGCACAUCUUUUCACCUACCAAGAUUUUGAUAUGGGAACCCUUGGGUUAGCUUAUGUCGGUUCUCCCAGAGCCAACAGCCACGGAGGUGUUUGCCCAAAGGCUUAUUAUAGUCCAAUUGGAAAGAAGAAUAUCUAUUUGAAUAGUGGCUUGACCAGCACAAAAAAUUAUGGUAAAACCAUCCUUACAAAGGAAGCCGACCUGGUAACAACUCAUGAAUUGGGACACAAUUUCGGAGCAGAGCAUGAUCCGGAUGGCCUAGCAGAAUGUGCCCCAAAUGAGGACCAGGGAGGAAAAUACGUUAUGUAUCCCAUCGCCGUGAGUGGAGAUCAUGAGAACAAUAAGAUGUUCUCAAACUGCAGUAAGCAGUCCAUCUACAAGACCAUCGAGAGUAAGUCCCAGGAGUGUUUUCAAGAGCGAAGCAACAAAGUGUGUGGGAACUCCAGGGUGGACGAAGGAGAGGAGUGCGACCCCGGCAUCAUGUACCUGAACAACGACACGUGCUGCAGUAGCGACUGCAUGCUGAGGGCCGGCGUGCAGUGCAGUGACCGGAACAGUCCUUGCUGUAAAAACUGUCAGUUUGAGGCUGCCCAGAAGAAGUGCCAAGAGGCGAUCAAUGCUACUUGCAAAGGCGUGUCUUACUGCACAGGUAACAGCAGUGAGUGCCCCCCGCCCGGCAACGCCGCGGACGACACGGUGUGCUUGGAUCUCGGCAAGUGUAAAGAUGGGAAGUGCGUCCCCUUCUGCGAGCGGGAGCAGCAGCGGGAGUCCUGCGCGUGUAACGAAACUGACAACUCCUGCAAGGUGUGCUGCAGGGACCCCUCGGGCCGGUGUGUGCCCUACGUUGACGCUGAACAGAAGAAUUUAUUCUUGAGGAAAGGGAAGCCCUGUACGGUGGGCUUCUGUGACAUGAAUGGCAAGUGUGAGAAGCGAGUACAGGACGUCAUCGAGCGGUUUUGGGACUUCAUCGACCAGCUGAGCAUCAAUACUUUUGGGAAGUUUUUAGCGGACAACAUCGUAGGUUCCGUCCUGGUUUUCUCCUUGAUAUUUUGGAUCCCCUUCAGCAUUCUUGUCCAUUGCGUGGAUAAGAAACUGGACAAGCAGUACGAGUCCCUGUCCCUGUUCCACCCCAGCAACGUGGAGAUGCUGAGCAGCAUGGACUCCGCCUCGGUGCGCAUCAUCAAGCCCUUCCCCGCGCCCCAGACGCCCGGCCGCCCGCAGCCCCUGCAGGUCGCCUCCGCGCCGCCGCCGCCUCCCGCCGCUCCCAAACUGGAGCCCCAGAGAAUGGACACGAUCCAGGAGGACCCCAGCACGGACUCGCAUGCGGACGAGGACGGCUUCGAGAAGGAUCCCUUCCCCAACAGCGGCACCGCCGCCAAGUCCUUCGAGGACCUCACGGGCCGUCCGGUGCCGAGAAGCGAGAAGGCCGCCUCGUUCAAGCUGCAGCGGCAGAACCGCGUGGGCAGCAAGGAGACCGAGUGCUAGGCCGCGGCUCCCGGCACGGGGCUGCGGCCGGCGGACUGGGGAGCCCCGCGUCCGUGCUGCGAGGGUCGGCGGGGGACGAAGGGACCACGCAGCAGAGGCCGGUCGCGGGUCUGGACCCGUCACACUCGGGAAUUGCUUGUGUGCCGAGGGCCCUGUCCUUUGGGAGAGGUGAGGAGAAUCUGGCUUAUUUUGAGGCUUUCAGGUUUUAGUUUUUUUUUUUUGGUUUUUAAAAUACCCUUCAACCUGUGGUGCAGAAGCAGAAAAUACAGCUGGAUUAGGUUAUGAAUAUUUACAUUUUUGUAAAUUUACCUUUGUAUUGAGAACAGCACUGAUUAAGGAGAUCAGUUUUUGGGGUUUUGUUUUUUUUUUUUAAUACACUGUAAUGAUCCGCUGACUCUUGGGAGGCAUUUAGCAGUUACUUGUGAGGACAACUGGAACACAGAUUUUAUU